AUGUCCAACCUGUCGUGCACACAGGAGACCGUGGUUCAAACCGCAGGCCCUAAUGUCGACCACGGAUUCGAUCCAGGGCUUGGGGUUGACUCAGAUUAUUUGACCAACACUGUCUUUGGUCUCAUGGCUACAACGAUCCAAGAUAUGCUUGGGCCGAUUACAAGAACCGAAGAUAUCCGCAGGCAGUUUGGUAUUGAUCUCGAAGACCCCAAUGAUCCCCUGCGGUUUCUUCAAGCCAUGAAAAACGUCGUCCAUGCAGGUGUACUACAGGGUCGAUUUCCGCUAAAUCUUCAGGAAGGCUGGAUGCCCGAACUAAGGCUCAGACUCGGAGACUGGCAGACUAUCAAGUUCCUGAUAGCGUCACUUUUCAUCUCUGCGCAUUGGCGACUGAUGACCCCAUGGCAGUGGGCCGGCGUACUGGCCGAACGAAAUCGGAUUGGGCGUGCUGCAUCUGACUCGGCGGACUUUGGACCUGACAGGGACUCUUGGAUAGAGUACAUUAACAACCGUUACAAUGCGGGGUAUGUGAUCUCGAUUGACGCCUACUUCCCAGGCGCCGGCAUGACACGCUGGAAGGAGACUGAUACGACGGGCCAAAUAGUCAACGAAGAUGAGCUGGACUUGGCCAUGAUCGACACCACUUUGGCGACCAACAUCAACGUUCCGGGUACAGAUUUCAGUCCGGGCCCUCUGCUGUACUUCCAGGGUAACUCACUCUGGAUUUCGGAACGAGUGAUGGGCAACAUUGUAGAGUUGAGCAUCGACAGGACCUCGCGUACUGUAUAUAUGCGUAGCUCCGCAAAUCGCGAGUUCAGGGUAGAGUUCCUUACCCAUGGGAUACAGGAAGACGGUUGUUUGCCACCAGCUACCUAG